CUUCAGGGCCUCUGCAGAGCAGCAGUCUGUCACUCCGACCCGGACCGACAUGCUGAGGCUGCUGCUCCUGCUGCUGCUGUCCACAUGGACGGGCUCAGCGAUGGUCAGGGUUGCCUUGAGGCGGGUUCCCUCCAUCCGCGCUCAGCUGAGAACUCAGGGUCUGCUGGAGGACUUCCUGAAGGAACACCGGCCGGACAUGUUCAACCGCCGCUACGCUCAGUGCUUCCCACCCGGAACGCCGUCCCUCCGGCUCAGACGCUCCAGUGAGAAGAUCUACAACUUCAUGGAUGCUCAGUAUUACGGUGAAAUCAGUGUGGGGAGUCCGCCACAGAACUUCUCUGUGAUUUUUGACACCGGAUCGGCCGACCUCUGGGUCCCGUCAUCGUACUGCGUCAGCCAGGCCUGUGCGUUCCACCGACGUUUCAAGGCCUUUGAAUCCAAAACCUUCCAACAUGAUGGACGUUCAUUUGGGAUCCACUAUGGAUCGGGACAUCUGCUGGGAGUAAUGGGUAGAGACACAGUGAAGAUUGGGGACAUGACCAUCUUGAACCAAGAGUUUGGAGAAUCUGUGUACGAACCAGGUUCUGUGUUUGUGACGGCAAAGUUUGAUGGCGUUCUGGGACUGGCCUACCAAUCGUUGGCAGAGAUCCUGGGAAAUCCCGUCUUUGACAACAUGCUGGCGCAGAAGAUAGUGGACCAGCCGGUGUUCUCCUUCUACCUCAGCAGGAGAACGAGGACCAGCAAUCCGCAAGGAGAACUGCUGCUGGGAGGAAUAGAUGAAACGAUGUACAAUGGAUCAAUCAACUGGCUGCCUGUGAGCGUGAAAAGAUACUGGCAGGUUGAGAUGGACAGCGUGGUGGUGCAAGGCGCGGGCUCCUUCUGUCCCAGUGGAUGUCAUGCCAUCCUUGAUACUGGAACCUCCCUAAUUGGUGGACCGACCCGUGACGUCAUGAGACUGCAGCAGCUGAUUGGAGCCACGCCCACAAAUAACGGAGAGUUUGUCAUCGACUGCACCCGAUUGUCCAGUUUGCCUCGCAUCACCUUCAUCCUGGGUGGGAAGGAAUACACGCUGACAUCAGAGCAGUACGUCAGGAAGGAGGCGUUUGGCAUCAAUGAUCUGUGUUUCAGCGGCUUCCAGGCCUUUGACAUCAUUUCCCCUGAAGGCCCGAUGUGGAUUCUGGGAGAUGUAUUUCUGACCGAGUUCUACAGCAUCUUCGACAGAGGACUGGACCGAAUCGGGCUUGCCCAGGCCAGGCACCCCAUCGAAUGACCAGUAUUUCCUCUGGUACCAGAAGAUAAUAACUUCUUCUGUGCCUCUUCAUGAAACAGGCUGAAGUUUUAUUUUUAAGAUAAAUCUGGACAUUUAUCUUUCAUGUUAAAGUUUCCUAAACAACCAAUAUUCACACUAAAGCUGAGAGGUUUGCUCCUCUUUCCACUGAGUCACUGUAAUGAGGACUGCAGUCUCGUCUUUGACCACUAGAUGGCGACCAAGAACAUGUCAUUUUGGGCUGUUAGCGGCUAAUUUAGCUUCCGUCUUGUCAUCUAAUGUGUAUUUAAAUUAAAAACCAUAAACUUG